UUGAAAAGCCUUUGUUUUGCUGUAUUUUUCUAUUGAAUUGAAACAUCAAUACGACACCAUUUAUACUAUAUACACUAAAAAUAUUGAUAUGCUGGAACGAAUUAUAUACUGAACACAAAUCGAUAUACGUUAUAAUGAUCAUAUCUUACAACAAAUUAACAUUAAUAACAACACAAAUGCGUACGAUUAUGGGAGAGAUAAAGGAUAUCGAGAUUCGAGAGGAGGAGAUUAUUAUCGAGGCGGUUCAGGUUCAUUUGAGAUUAAUCGUGGUACUUCGUAUCGAGACAGAGAUGAGCGUGGUAGAGACACAAUUCGAGACGAGAAUGUCCCACCUCGUGAUUAUUAUCGAGGUAACGAUAAUCGUUCUCAGAUUAUUCGAGACGACCAAAGUGGAGGAGGCAAAAAUAAUUCUCAGACAUCAGGCAGGGGAGGAUAUGGUAAUACGGCAAUUCGCGAAGAUUCGCGAAAUUCGAUACGUGAAGAAGCAUCUGAUCGCGGUUCGGGUGGUAUAGGAGAUCGAACAAAUUCUUCUGUAAGAGGAGAAGGAGAUGAUUCAAGUGUAGAGGAUCCAAAUGAACGACGUGAUCGACUGAGUCCAAUCAAAGACGAAGGAUAUGGUCAUCUCCGCUGUAGCGUGCGAUUUGAUCGUUCACGCAGCAAAUUGAUUGUUCGAGUUCAUGAAGCGAAAGAUUUGAUUAAUACGGAUAGAAAUAGUUUGUCUGAUCCGUAUGUGCGCAUCCUAUUACUACCAGACAAACGAAAAAAAACAAAACGUCGAACAAAAGUCAUCAAGGAUUCGUUGCAACCAGUAUGGGAUGAAGCAUUCGAAUAUGAUUUAACAUUGGAGGAAGCACGUAUGAAAACGGUUGAUUUAACAGUAAAAAAUGAUCGAUCAUUAUUUAGCACGGAAAAGGUAUUUAUGGGACAAGCACUAAUUACAUUGGGUAAUUUAAAUUUAGAUGAUGAAAAUUUAAUUGAUCAAUGGUAUACGUUGGAGCCCGAAGGAGCUUUAGCUCUUCGAUUAAAAGGAUUGGAUGCUGAAAAUUUAACAGCUCGUUGGGUACCAUCGACACAAACUGCCGGUGUAUACGAGUGGACCGGAGAAUCUAACAAAAAAUCAAAAACAAUGACCUAUUUUGGUACCGGAGAGAUGCGUGGACAACUCAUUUCCAGUCAGCCAUCAUCGUCGUCAUCAUACACGGAUGCUUAUUUAUCAGCAUUCGCACCAAAACACACACAUAAAAAGCAUCAUCACUCAUCGACAGUUGAAACAUCUUCAUUUUCUCUGAACAAUAACCGUCCAGUUUCGUCCCCCGUAACAACACCACAAACACAAAUAGAAAGUGUUUUAAAGAAUAAUUUUGAAUACACAUCGUCAAGACCAAGUAGUAGUGUCACAUCACCACCUUUAUACAAACAAGUGCAUUUUGUAGAGCCAAAUGUUUCAUACUCAAGUGAUUUUAAAACCCAACCUUCUACGUUCGGUGAGCGUCCAGUGUAUUCGACGGAUAAUUCUUUCUCGUCAUCAAUAAAAGAUAAUUAUGGUUCUAUGACAAAAACAACAUAUCCUUCUUCGAAAACACCAUAUCCUUCUUCGAACAGUAAUCAAUCAACAGGUAAUUUACCUCAAUCGAAGUCUAUGUAUAACUAUGAACCAAUACCUCAAUCCAAUACGUAUCUCUCCAGUUACUCCACAUCUGUUCAACCUCCAUCGUCUUCGAACUUGUCUAGUAAUUAUCAAACGUCAUAUCUCUCCACUUACAAUAGUAGUCCGAUAUCAUCACCGUCAACAUUUCCAAAAUAUUCAACAUCAACUUCAUAUGUAUCACAAUAUCCGACUUCUAAUUCCUAUCUUAGCAUAUUCAAACCUCUACCAGCAUAUACUUCAAGAGAUUAUUCCUCACGUACAACUUAUCCUUCUAACUACGAAUCAACACCACCACUUCCACCGAGUAAUAUCAGCCGCUAUGAUAGUAGAAUAAGUAGUAAUAUCAACGAAAAUGAUAGUAGAACUUACUCUCCCCACAUUCCGACUAGUGCUUAUAGUACAAACCUUUUUCAACAUUCCACGCAACAAGCAACGAUUUCCCCCAAAACAACAAGAAUAUACGAAAACAUUGAACAACCAACUACAAGUUCGUACUUUCCUCAAGUUACCGUGUCCAAUGUUUCACAAAACAUAUCAGAUAGACCAGUUCACAUUGACAAUGAAAGUCCAAAAGCAGCCACACCACUUCUGGAAUCUCCGACUCAAGAUAAAUUAGUAAUGAAGCCUGAACAACUUGAUAUGGAAGAAACUGUCGAUAUUAAUCAGACAGUAUCAAAGCCAAUUGAAAUAUUAGAAACUACGUUGAACAAAUACGAUAGUUUAAUAGAUCAAAUUAGUGCAGUACUCGCAAGUGUGUCUCCAAUUACUUCAACUAUUAGUAGCAUGAGUCCUGGAAAAAGUUUGCUCGAUUACGAACUUUCAUCCGAUAGUUCACCCACAACAAGUAAGAAAUCUUCUAUGCAACAAAAACCAGACCAAGUUAAAACUCCCAUAGAUAGUGAAGAUGAAAUGGUGAAAUCAGUAAUAUUUGUGGGUGAUGAAGAUCAACCAAGUAAACUUCAGAAAGAAAAGGAUAGUUAUCUUAUCACCGGAUCUUCCUAUGACAAACUGGUUACAGCUAUUUCAGCCAUGGAUAGUGAAUUAAAAAAUCGAGUAUCAGAGCACACAGAUGAUGAUGAAAAAGUAACUACAUCACAGAUAUUUGAUAUUGGUGAGACAGAUGAAGAAUCAUCGUCGGACAAUAAUAGAAUUUCAACUGCAAUUCAUGAUAUGUCUGAGACAGAUUAUUCGGCCUUAGAUCAACAACCUGUUCCAAACGAUACUCCAGUACCUAAAGAAAAAUCUACAUUAUCUGACACUGAUUCGAAAGUAGAUGACAUUCAACAAGGCACAAGUAGUUUGGAAGAAAUUUUAUCACAUGUAUUAAGAACCGGUCCGAAAAAAGUACAAGCGAUUUCGCAAGAAAUACCAUCACAACAUGAUGAGCAACUUCCAAUUUCAACUGAAAAAACUGUCGAAGAUGUAUCUAGAACAGAAGUUGUCAAGGAACAAACUGAUAUUUUACCUGCAGUUCUUGAAGAAAAAAUGGCCACGCUAGAUACUCAAUUACCAAAUCUCUCUAAAGACAAUGAAACAAUCAUCGAAACACCAUUAGUAGCACAAAACAUAAUCCCACCGAAUGAUUUGGCAUCACAUAAAGAGGAAAUUGUCACUACAUCAGAGCCAAUUGAAAAGAGCAUUGAUACUUAUGAACCACAGAUAUUUCCUGAUGACGGUAGACUAAUCGAUAACAACACUACAGCUGAAAAUAAGUUCGAACCGGAGCACUUGACGGCAGAAAUAUCUAAGAAAUCAUCCGCUAAUGAACAACAGAUAUUCGAUGAACAGUCUCAACAAGUUGAACAUCACAAGGAAUCAAGUCAUUCUACUGCCAACGACGAGAGUUUAACUGCCAAAAAAAGUCCAAUAACGACUCAAACUUAUGAAGCACCUGAAAGCAGUCCUGAAGUACAAACGACAUUGGAAACUCAGCAUCAAACUGUUCAAGAAACAGACACCACGCCGCAAACUCUGGAAGAAACAAGUCUUCCCGAAGUGUCGCGUCUGGAUAGCGUGCAUAUUGAGAAAGAAUUUCAUCCUACUACUAUAGAUGUUUCUACUGGAUUCUCUUCCACUUCUGAAAAAAAUUUAGAAGAAACAUCGCGUGAUGCAUCCGCAGAUAUCAAAAUAGAACAAAACGAUACGUUAAGCACUAACAUCACAGAAACAAAGCAAAACGAAGAGCUGUUGAAUAAUGCUUUGAACUUAGAAACAAUGCCACAAUUAAAUGAUAUAGAUGUACAACCAAUCGUACGACAAGAAGAUGACAAUUUCAUUCAAACUGAAGAAUUAUCCAGUAUUAGCGAUCAAAAAUCAAUCAAUAACAAUUUAGAAGAAACAUCGCGUGAUGCAUCCGCAGAUAUCAAAAUAGAACAAAACGAUACGUUAAGCACUAACAUCACAGAAACAAAGCAAAACGAAGAGCUGUUGAAUAAUGCUUUGAACUUAGAAACAAUGCCACAAUUAAAUGAUAUAGAUGUACAACCAAUCGUACGACAAGAAGAUGACAAUUUCAUUCAAACUGAAGAAUUAUCCAGUAUUAGCGAUCAAAAAUCAAUCAAUAACAAUUUAGAAGAAACAUCGCGUGAUGCAUCCGCAGAUAUCAAAAUAGAACAAAACGAUACGUUAAGCACUAACAUCACAGAAACAAAGCAAAACGAAGAGCUGUUGAAUAAUGCUUUGAACUUAGAAACAAUGCCACAAUUAAAUGAUAUAGAUGUACAACCAAUCGUACGACAAGAAGAUGACAAUUUCAUUCAAACUGAAGAAUUAUCUAGCAUUCGCGAUCAAAAAUCAGUCAAUAACUUGUCCGUAAUAAUAGAUGAAAUACUUCAUCAAGCAGUGGAGAUAAUAUCACAUGAAAAUCAAAAUUCUGACAAGAAAUUCACCCCUGAUGAAAUAUCUCAACUUGAUACUAGCUCGUCUGAUAAAUUAAUAUUGGACAAAUCAUCUGCAGAAAUAAGUCAAGACUUGACAUAUGCAUCGGUUGAAAGUUUUCAACAAGCUCAAACUGAACAAUCCAGCGGAGAUCAAAAACCAGAAGAACAACAGCCUGCUUUUGUACCAGAUAACGAAGAAGAGAGAAACAAACUGCCUGAUAUUGCUGCUAAUGAAAGUCCCUAUUCUCCACCCGCGACGGAAAGUGAACAACUACAAACAAAUGAAACAGCCGUUGAUACCAUUCAGGAUAAACCGACAUCAACUGUACCAAUCGAAGAGAAUCUAGAACGAGGAAUACUCAGUGAAGAAGAUUCUUUUUAUGAUGUGCCAUCUCAAAAGUCUGAGAUGACCGUGACAUCAUCUUCCGAAAUAUUUACAGAACCAAAGGUUGAAUAUAGUAUUACAGAAGAGAAAAUAAAUUUACCGCAAGUAUCACAAUUAACAUUGAAUAAUUUUUCAGAAGAAGUAAGAAAAUCUGAGUCAGCAGUUCCAGAGGUAAUCCAUACCGAAGAUACUAUCGGAUCAAGUAUAAAUAAUAUUCAGUCAACGGAAUCUGAGGUCCGAGAACAUGAGAUUAAAGAGGCAACAGGCACAAGAAGUAACGAAAUAAACCUUCACGUAACAAGUCCUUUAGAAGAACUAAACCAAACAAGUCAGGUAUCUACACGGUACCUAAGCAGCGAUGUCUAUUAUGCUUAUCUUGGAGAUCAUUACGAGCCUGAUGUCGUGAACAAGAUGACAGACGAUGAUAGUGCCACAUUCGUGAGAGAUGAUACGGUAAAGAUUGCAGUGGAUGUUGUUAACGGACCAAAAGAGACUCAGUCAACGGAUGAAACACUUAAAACAGAAGUGUUGGUUUCUGAAGGUCAUACUGCAGAGCAGCUACCUUUGGACAAUAAAACCGAAUCCGACACAAUAAGAGAGCCAACUGUAUUAGAAACCAUCGCACAAACCGUUACUGCUCCAUUUACUGCUAUUAGUGAAACGGUGCAAAAAGUUGUUGCUAAUCUUCAAUCAAGUUCAGAAACUCAAUCAAUUACUGACAAUAUUCUGGAAGAUUCGACAAUCACCAAGUCAGAUACCGAGUUAGAAGAGAAAAAAAUACCAUCACUGGACGAGCAGAAUGAAAAAAAUAGCGAGGCACAGGACGUCGAAAGUCAAAGUGAUCAACACGGUUUUUUCGACACUGUUAAACACAUAAUUGCUUCUCCAGUUGUAGCCGUAACAGAAGUUGUACAAAAUAUAGUUUCCAGCAUACAACACUCGUCCAACGCCGAACCAGACAUCAACAAAGAACAAUCAUUCAAUCAAGAAGAUCAAAUUAGUUCUUCGAUUCCAUCUACACAAAGUGAGGAAGAUCAAAAGGUAGAUCAAUCCGAAGAAUUACCAAAGUUGCAUGGCUCUGAUGCUGAUGUGAGAACUGAUCAACUGGAGCCUGAUAGUGAGAUUUCUUUACAAGAAUCAACCAUUCAACGCGACUUUAUUCAUGAGAUACCAUCAAUCCCUGAAUUAAUUUCCACUAAUCAAGACAAUAAAUUACAACAAGAUCACCUCAGUGAGGAUUCUUUGCCCAGACUCAACGAAUCUUCACAACCUUUUCUAUCAACUCUUGAUGAUGUAUCCCAAAUCCGCGAAGAAUCACAACCGAAAGUAGAAGAAGUCUCCGCAGAUCUGUACACUCAACAAUUGCAAGAAAACAGCGUUAACAAUCAGCCACCUUUAUCGCAAGAUUUAAGCGCAGAUGAAGCAAUUCAAAUUAGUAGCCCUGUCAUAGGCGAGAGUAGAAAUGUGGUGUCAACUGAAUCUCAAGUGGAAACAGCAAAUGACAGUCCACUUGUAUCUUCUGAUGUACAGAUACCAUCCUCCAAUCAACUGAACGAGGAUAUCGACAUAUCCUCCAAUCGGUUUUUGGAGGAUAAUAAAACCAUCGAUCGUAAAGAUACCGGUCAAGAGGAAACUCUCCUAACUAUUCCAUCAGAGUCUAAUUUUGCUGAUAUCGAACAGACUAUAGUAUCGGAACAACAUCAGACUACUGAUUCAACAGCACAUGCACCGCUUCUAGAUACACAUAUUGAAAGUUCAAACUCUAUCGACAAUGAACAGCUGAAAAGCAGUGAAAUUAACGGUACAAUAGCUAAACGUGAAGAAAAACAAGCUGAACAAUCGGUCGAAGGUUUUCAACCUUCUUCCGAAAGUACGAAUAAAGCCAUUAUUGACGGUGAACCAGAACAACAGCCACAAAUUCAAGUGCAAGAAUCAACACAUAUUCAACAGUUGCUUGAAGAAAUGGUUGACGUAAUAAAUAGCGAAAACGACAAAUCGAUUGGUGAACAACCGAUAACUGAUACUUCAUCAAUUCUUGAUCAAAAAACACCUGUCCUGAACGUAACUUCUGAAGAAACUGCAUCAUUGGACGCAUUACCAUCAAUCUCUCAGGAAAAACGAAACAAUGAACUUAAUCCUUCAGGUGAAAAUUUUGAAGACCUGCACAAUAAAUAUCUUGAUUCAUCUGUGAAUAUGACUUCAACACAUCAAAAUGAUUACUCUCGAGAGUAUUCGCCAGCGAUAACAGAGACGGAUACUUUUGAUUUGUUAAAUACUCUUAAAGGGCACAGUAUCAUGUUAAAUUCAGGUCAAACGGGUUCGAAUCAAGUUACGACUAUUGAUGAUUUGAAAAAAUUUGCUGAAAUUUCAUCAACCGAUACAUCAGAUGACAAAAGUCCGCCUGUUGCACCCUUUACUGUUGAUAGUGCAGUUCAAGCUGAUUCAACAGAAAGAUUAUCGACUCGUAUAUCAAGUAGUAAAGUUAUAUCGUACGGUAUACAUGAUUUAUCUGAUGCCGAAUAUGAAAAAUUAUCAGAAAUGGAUAUUAAAAAAGAUUUACCAGCACUGAUUUAUGACCAAACAACGACAGUUGAGCAACAACCGACAGAAGGUCAGAAAAUAACAACAGACUCGGAUCGUUCAAGCACAACAACAAGUGCAUCUCAAAUCACUAGCUCAGAUCGUUACGUCUCUUACGCUAUCCACGAACUGGGUGAUUCAUCGGUUGAACAGUUAAGUGCAGCGAUUCCGAUCAAUGCUGAUCUACCCAUAUUCAAAAAUACAAAUAGUGACACAUCCGCUCAAGCUGAUGCUCAAAUAAAAGAACAAGAUGUGUCAGACAUGGUCAACUUACCCGUAAUAGGACAACAACAGCCAGCACCGUCAAAAAAUAAACAUCAGCAUCAGCACGAUAUGGACGAUGCAACUGAGUUCGAUGCAACAGAAAAUAUUACCUAUUCUCCAAACGUGGAUGAUGAAAAUUUAGCAUCAGAUCAAAUAAAGAAAAUAUCAAAAAAACAGCACGGAUCCAGCACAGAUGAAGAUGCUGAUGAGGAUAUCAUGGAAAAUGUUGAUAAUAGUGAACAAAAUUUAAGACAACAAGGACACGAAAAUAUUUAUAGAAUAGUUCGAGAAAUUGCCAGUUAUUCUCCAGAUGAGGCCUACCGUCGUUAUGAUACAUCGAGUAGAGAUUCAUCGUCGGCCCCGGCUCAAACAGACGAUGUAUUUUUAAUUCCUGGAUUUCCAGGUCUAUGGCGAGGUCCUGACAAAGAUAGCAGUACCCAAGAAGAGCAAUCAUCAUUUGACGACGAUGCUGAUGAUGAAAAGUACAGCAUGGACGAUCUUAGAGAUGAUACUCGGAAAAAGACGACAAUAAAAACAAAGACUAUUGUGCGAACAGCUGAUCCAAGUAAAUUUCAAAGUCUAUUCCAUCAAGAAGGCGAACUGAAUAUUCCAUUGAGACCUGUACAACAUACAACGGAAGCUUUUGAUAUAUUUAAUCGACCGUUGAACGAUUUUGCAUUUGAUCCCUGUUCUGAAUCGGAUAGUUUUAAAACCGCUCUCGAAACUGAAGCAUCACAAAUGUCAUCACGUGCACAAGCAUUAUUAGAAGCCGAAGAACAAAGAGAUUAUAUUCAUCUAACAAAUGACGUUUCUGAUCGAACAAGUUCACCAGUUAUCAUACGUGGCGAACGAGGUGUAAGUUUACCUGUUGCAACGAAUAUUUCCUAUGACGAUCUUGAUUUUCGUCUCUCAACAUCGUCUCCUAUUGAAACACCUUCCUAUUCGGAAACAAAUAAAGUAAAUUCUCUGUUCCUAUCAAAUACACAAGUGAAUGACGUGAGCAAUACUGGAGCGAUUAGUGACGAUAAUAAUGCAUUAAAAUCGACUAUACACGAAUCAUCACCAUACAGUGAAAUUCAAACCACAUCCAGUGGUGGUAGUUCAAAAAGUUUGAGUAGUGGUGAUGAACAACGAAUAUAUGAAAAACGACCAUGGUGGAAAGCAGUAAAUACGGAAGAUGAAUCAUCUGCUGCUGCCGGACGUGAGUAA